AUGUCUUCCUUUACGACCUGGACACUUGUCCUAUUGGCCAUUGCUACCACUGCGUUAGGGUUUUCGGAAGAUUAUCUGGACGAUGCCGAGCUAGGCGUCCCGGGGCUAGACGCCUCCUUCGACUACGUGGUUGUUGGUGCCGGGGCUGGGGGCUUAACUUUGGCAGCUCGUCUCGCACAACAUAGAUACAGAGUAGCUCUGGUUGAGGCGGGAGACUUCUACGAGCUCAAAUAUCCCCUAGCUGCGGUUCCAGGAGCUGGGAUCAUAGGCAUAGGGAGCGAUGUGAACAGCUCGACACCCGUGGAUUGGCGGUUUGUCGCCUACAGUGUUCCGGGAGCCAACUAUCGUGACCUUCAUUACCCCAGAGGCAAAUGUCUGGGGGGAUCGACAGGCUCUAAUAUGAUGGUUUAUCAAAGGCCGAAUAGAGAGACAAUGCAAAAAUGGGCUGAGCUCGUGGACGACAAUAGCUACACUUUCGACCGAAUUCUCCCUUUCUUCCAACGCACGGCUAACUUCACUCCGCCCAACAACGACAUACGGCAUAGCAAUGCCACAGCAUCAUUCAACCUGGGUGCGUUUGAUGAACGGGGCGAGCCUCUGCAGGUAUCCUACCCUGACUUCGCCGUACCGUUUUCGAGCUGGAUAAAGCGCGGGAUGGAGUCUGUAGGCAUUCCGGAGAUCGAGGACUUCAACAGCGGGUUCCUACUGGGCGCUCAAUAUUGUGCUCUGACCAUCGACCCACACAAGAAGAUCCGAAGUAGUUCAGAGGCCGCUUUCAAAAGCUCUCCGAUACCACGUCUAAUGACUCUUGCACUGUACAAGAAGACAAUGGCAAAGAGAAUACUCAUCAACACAGAAAGGCGAGCUACCGGGGUGGAAGUAAGAACUGGGGACUUGAUAUAUAUAUUGCGAGCCACCCGGGAAGUCAUAGUGUCAGCCGGGGCAUUCCAGAGCCCUCAGCUCCUGAUGGUAUCUGGAAUUGGUCCAGCUAGUGCGCUGGAAGAGCAUGGUAUUGAGGUUGUUGUUGACCUUCCCGGAGUAGGGCAAAACAUGUGGGAUCAUGCUUUCUUCGGGCCUGCCUACCGAGUUGCGCUUCCAACAAGCACCAGGAUUGCCACUGACUUUCUUUACUUGACUGAAGUAGUCGUCCAGUAUUUAGCGAACCGUACUGGUCCACUAACAACCCAGGGAAUUGAUUUUUUGGCUUUUGAGAAGGUCCCAGAUGAACUUCGGUCUCACUUCUCCGAGGAGACGAUCCGGGAUCUAUCCUGGUUCCCUCCUGGCUGGCCUGAGAUAGAGUACAUUCCAGUGGCUCUCUAUCUUGGAGACUUCUCUGAUCCUAUUAAACACCAACCGCAAGAUGGGGCGCAGUAUGCGUCAAUCGCCGGAGCAUUAGUCGCACCCACAUCCCGCGGGAAUGUCACUAUUAUUUCAGACGACACAGACGACCUGCCAAUAAUCAAUCCCAACUGGCUUGCAACCAAAACAGACGAAGAAGUGGCUGUUGCGAUUUAUCGAAGAAAUCGGGAGAUUUUCCAGAGUCCGGGGAUGGAACCGAUUAUUGACGGGGAAGAAUACUUUCCCGGGGAAGAGUUCCAGACUGAUUCGGAGAUACUAGAAGUGAUCAAGGACACCCUUAUGACAGUCUACCAUGCUUCGUGUACGUGCAAGAUGGGUGUGCGCAAUGACUCAAUGGCUGUGGUUGACAGCCAGGCACGAGUAUUCGGUGUUGAUGGAUUGAGAGUGGUCGAUGCCAGUGCGUUCCCAUUUCUGCCUCCGGGACAUCCCCAAUCGGUAGUUUACAUGCUUGCCGAGAAGAUCGCGUCUGAUAUCAUAUGCUGGGACUGA